AUGACGAGAAGAAUUGUACGCACCGGUAUUCAGCUGGGCGUGUUAAUAACACUCGUCGUGUUCAUAAUACUUUUCCUUGACAACCGAUAUCGAGUCCUCCCCAGUGCAAUUCAUAACCAUCUGCCCGCGCACCAUCCGGGCUUCGUUGUUACCGACGUGACGGUCGUGACCUGCUCGUCCAUCAAUCCCUUUAGCCGAUGUACGGUUGACGGCGAGUACUGGCAUCGAAUUGACAAGGACCUACACCUCGGACAAGGAUUCCUCUCUAAAGCCUACCUCCACGUCGAGAGAAAACUCGAAGACGAUCUAUCCCCGCAUGAAGAGGUCGUUUUCGACAUUAAAAUCGGCCGGCUCCAGCCAUCAUCCGUCGACCCUCUAUCAAAAGAUGAAAGGUGGGAGUCACGUCCUGCAGGAAUCUGGGUUAAAAAGUCUGCCAAACGACAUGACCCGAACAAGCAGGUGACCGGGGUUGACGUUCUCUUCGGCGCCGACGCUGUUGACCCACGGUCAAAUUGGCAGGUGCAAGACAUUUCCCUCUUCAUUGAUGCACACGGCGAGUCGCCUGAACCACGACUCACAGUCCGAAAAGGCCCUGCCUUAAAGGUCGAGAAACCUGUCCCUCGAAUCCGAAAAGAUGGCAAAUUCAAAAUCAUGCAGUUGGCGGAUCUACAUCUUUCGACAGGUCUGGGCAAAUGUCGAAAUGCGCUGCCCGAGGGAGAGAAAUGCGAUGCGGAUCCACGAACAUUGGAAUUUGUUGAGCGCUUAAUUGACGACGAAAAGCCGGACUUUGUUGUCCUCACCGGCGAUCAAAUUAACGGCGACACUUCACCCGACGGCCAAACCGGUAUCUUCAAAUACUCAGAGGUGCUGGCACGACACAAAAUCCCUUACGCGGGGAUCUUCGGCAACCAUGACGACGAGGGAAACCUCGACCGCGCCGAGUCUAUGGCCAUAAUGGACGGCCUUCCCUACUCUCUGUCAACCGCUGGCCCCGAGGACGUCGAAGGCAUCGGCAACUAUGUCGUGGAGAUCCUUGGACGAGGCUCGACUUCCCACUCCGCCCUGACGCUAUACAUGCUCGACACACACUCGUACUCGCCUGAUGAGAACCACUACCACGGCUACGACUGGCUCAAACAAUCACAGAUCGACUGGUUCAAAUCCACGUCGCAAUCCUUGAAGCGGAAACAUAGAGAAUACACGCACAUCCACAUGGACCUGGCGUUCAUCCACAUCCCGCUACCCGAAUAUCGCAACCCAGACAAUCUCAAGUGGAUUGGGAACUGGACGGAACCGCCCACCGCGCCUGCAUACAACUCGAACUUCAAAGACGCAUUGAUCGAGGAAGGCAUCGUCCUGGUCUCGUGCGGCCACGACCACGUCAACGACUACUGCCUGCCCGCGCAGGACAAGGAGAAGAAACCCGCACUGUGGAUGUGUUAUGGCGGCGGUGCUGGGUUCGGCGGAUAUGGUGGCUACUAUGGCUACCAUCGGCGCAUACGAUUCUUUGACUUCGACAUGAACGAGGCGCGGAUAACGACAUGGAAGAGACUGGAAUGGGGAGACACACAACGUAGAUUCGAUGAACAGAUCAUCGUCGAUGGCGGGAAGGUCGUUGUUGAUAUGUGA